AUGUCCCACAGAUCACCUGAUUUGCGCAGACCAGUCCCCACUGGCUCGACGACACACCCUAACCUCCAUAUUCGUGACGCUAAGGACGCGCAUGUCGUUCUGGAAGCUGUCAGGCUCAAUGUCCUACCAUUAAUUACUCGACGCUUGUCUCCUGCUGAACGCGACCAACUCGGUUCCGGAAACGUUUUUGUGUGGGAAGAGGCUGAGUUCAAGGGUGGCCUCGAGAGGUGGACAGAUGGAAGGAGAUGGUCCCAGAGCCGUAUGAGAGGUGAUUACCUCUUCUAUGAGGAGAAGGUGGAGACAACUCAGGAGGAGCGGGACAUAAAGGCUGCUCGACGUGCCCGUCGAGCGCUCGAUCCAGGAUCUGUUCCCCCUCUUCCAACUCGCCGCCAGGACCGACCUUCAAAACCGGACGGGCUCACGAAGCAGACGUACUCGACGCAGGUAUACUUUCCCGGCCAAACUGCUCCCAAGAAGUGGCAUAUUGUCGCCUACUUCGCGGGAAACGACUAUACGCGGCUCCCAGUCAUCGAUAACUAUGAUUAUCUUCGAACUAUCCGUGUUCCAGAUGGUAUUUUCGUCUCGAGUAAAGGGCCUUACCGGCAGAACGACGCCUCCCAAUGCGACACCGAUGACGAGGAUUCGAUUUAUAGCAUUACAACGUCUAACAUCCAAUACUCUGCCCCCUCUCGCCCCUUCUCACCACCUCCACCAUCAUCAUCGUAUCAGUACUCUGGCUCAUCUCAUUCGAGUGUCCACCAGCACCCUUCCAGGACGCCCUUGCCAAGGCUUUCGACAGUUGUGCCCAUGAAUGGAUCAUCCGCUACCGCCUCUCCGCAGUAUCAUGACCCAAACCGUGGCCAUCAACCACCCGGCGGCGCGCAGAACGGCCACACGUAUAUGCCUCUGUCAGCGGAGGAUAGGCGUGUUCUCAACGCGUUCCGCGUUGUGCUCUGA